CUCUGCCUGCCGCCACGCGCACUUUUCCAACCUGGGCGUGAGAGGGCGUCGCGUGGGGGCGGGGGCGAGGCAGAGCCUACUGGAGGGCGCCUCGCUUCCUUUCCCCUCCGAGAGGAGCCCCAUCCUCCCAAGGCACUCCCAGAGAAGGCCGCCUUUCUUCGCAGCGUCGCUUGCCUCUCCUCCUCUGCCUCCUCCUCUGCCUCCUCCUCCUCCAUCUCGGAAGCGGUGGGAGGAGCGGGGAGGGACCACUCGAGGCAGGCAGGCAAGCAAGCAAGCAGGCGGCCGGCUGGAGGUGUCGCCCUCGGCCAAGCGGACACUCUUUCUCUCUGUCUUUUCCCGGAGGGAGGCGAGGGAGAAGUUUCACUCAGAGCAACAGCCCGCUUGCAUUCCUUUCUUGCAGCUGCUGCUCCUGCUGCUGCUGCAGCGCGCGCCGACCACGCCUCGCGGACUCGGAGAGGCGGUCUCCUUCGGGUCUGGAAGCGUGACGAGGGAAAGGAGGAGGAGGGGAGGCGGAGGAGGAAGAAGAAGGAGAAGGAGAAGAAGGAGAAGAGCCCGAGAGAGGGAAAAGGAGGCGGCGGGACGGGCAGCUGCGAGGGGAGGGCCGCCCCUUUCCCUCCCUCCCUCUUUCCCUUCAGCCACCCACCCAGCAUGGCGUCGCGGUCCCGCCACCCGUGGCUGAGCGUGGCCCUGGGUCUGGUGCUGGGCUUCACCGUGGCCUCCUGGCUCAUUGCGCCCAAAGUGGCCGAGCUGAGCGAGAGGAAGAGGCGCGGCGGAGCGGGCUCCUCUCCCCUCAGCAGCCGGAGAAGCAGCAGCCGGAGCAGCGGCAGGAGCAGCAGCGACGGCGGGCACAGCCCUUGCGCCUUUGACGACGGCCAGCCCAGGCAGAUGCUGCCGCCCGAGGAAGACCCGGCGGAGGGGACGAGGAGCGUGCUGUGGGAGAGAAGCGGGCAGCCCUCGCAGAGCCCGCAGCCUCCCCCUCCGCCGCCUCCUUUGGCCGAGGACAGCCCCGGAGAAAGGCGCGAGGAGGGCGAAGGCGGAGGAGGAGAGGAAGAGGGUCGCCACGGCAGCAGCAGCAGCAGCAGCAGCAGCCACAACGGGAGCGGCGACUUCGGCUCCCCGGCGGGCGCCUGCGCCGACCCAGCCCGUCCCUUCCUCUACGUGGGGGUCAUGACCGCCCAGAAGUACCUGUCCGGGCGGGCGCUGGCGGCGCGGAGGACGUGGGCGCGCUCCAUCCCGGGCCGCGUGGAGUUCUUCUCCAGCCAGGGCUCGGCCUCGCCGCCCGUGCCGCCCGGGGAGGCGCCCCUGCCCGUGGUGGCCCUGCCCGGCGUGGACGACGCCUACCCGCCCCAGAAGAAGUCCUUCAUGAUGCUCAAGUACAUGCACGACCGCUACCUCGACACCUACCAGUGGUUCAUGCGCGCAGACGACGACGUCUACAUCAAAGGAGAAAAGUUGGAGGAGUUUCUUCGGUCACUGAACAGCAGUAAACCUCUCUAUUUGGGACAAACAGGACUGGGAAAUAUUGAAGAACUUGGAAAACUUGGUCUUGAGCCUGGAGAAAACUUCUGCAUGGGCGGUCCUGGGAUGAUCUUCAGUCGUGAAGUUCUUAGGAGGAUGGUGCCACACAUAGGUGAAUGCCUUCGAGAAAUGUACACAACUCAUGAAGAUGUAGAAGUGGGUCGAUGUGUUCGGCGGUUUGGUGGAACUCAGUGUGUGUGGUCCUAUGAGAUGCAGCAGUUGUUCCAUGAAAACUAUGAACACAACAGAAAGGGAUACAUACAAGAUCUUCACAACAGCAAAAUUCACAAUGCAAUUACACUUCAUCCAAAUAAAAGACCAGCCUAUCAGUAUAGGCUUCACAAUUAUAUAUUGACUCGUAAAAUUUCAGAAUUGCGUUACCGCUCCAUUCAGCUUCAUAGGGAAAGUGCCCUCAUGAGCAAGCUCAGUAGUGAUGAAAUGAGCAAAGACGAUCAGCUUCUGGGAAUGAUGCCAUCUUUCAAUCGCUUCCAGCCACGGGACAGGAAUGAAGUAAUUGAAUGGGACUUCCUAACUGAAAAGCUUCUUUAUUCUGUGGCUGAGAAUCAACCACCUAGACAGAACAUUAACAGCAUCAUGCGGGCAGCACUUGAUGACACUGUCAUGCAGGUAAUGGAAGUGAUCAAUGAGAACUCUAAAUCUAGAGGAAGGCUCAUUGACUUCAAUGAAAUACAGUAUGGGUACCGCAGGGUUGACCCUCUCCAUGGUGUGGAAUACAUUCUGGAUUUGCUUCUUUUAUAUAAAAGGCAUAAAGGAAGAAAAGUUACUGUUCCAGUUCGACGGCAUGCAUACCUUCAGCAGUUAUUUAGUAAACCAUUUUUUAGAGAAGAAGAAGAACUGGAUGUAAGAAACUUCCUCGAAAAUGUAAAUGGUGACAUGCAGUCUUUCUCCUUUCUUUCUAAUUCCCUGAAGAUUUUUUCAUCAUUCCAAGGCACCAAAGAUAUAGAGGGAAACAGUGACAAGAAGAUUCACAUUCUUGUGCCUCUCACAGGGAGAUAUGAUACUUUCCAGAGAUUUAUGGAGAACUUUGAAAAGACUUGCCUUAUCUCGAAGCAAAAUGUAAAGCUGGCAAUUAUCCUCUUUAACUCUGAGACUGGUCAGGAUUCCAGUAAACACACAGAGUUAAUCAGUAAAUAUCGCAGUAAAUAUCCUAUGGCAGAUAUGACCAUUAUUCCUAUGACAGGACCUUUCUCUAGAGGUUUGGGUCUUGAAACAGCUUCUUCUCAGUUUGACAAUGACACUUUGCUUCUGUUCUGUGAUGUUGACCUAAUAUUCACCCCUGAUUUUCUCCAGCGGUGUAGAGCCAACACCAUUCAAGGGCAGCAGGUUUAUUAUCCUAUAAUUUUUAGUCAGUAUGACCCCAAAGUAACUUAUGGAGGCAACCCUCCAGCAGACAGUAAUUUUGUUUUCACAAAGAAAACUGGAUUUUGGAGAGACUAUGGUUUUGGAAUCACCUGUAUUUACAAAAGUGACCUUGUGAAUGUUGGUGGAUUUGAUACCUCAAUACAAGGCUGGGGGCUUGAGGAUGUGGACCUCUUUACUAAAGUAAUAACCUCUGGACUAAAGGCAUUUCGAAGCCAAGAAGUGGGUGUUGUGCAUGUUUUCCAUCCAGUACAUUGUGAUCCCAACCUAGAUCCUAAACAAUACAAGAUGUGUUUGGGAUCCAAAGCAAGUACAUUUGCCUCUGCUACCCAACUAGCUGAAAUUUGGCUAGAAAAACAUUUAGGUGUCAGGUACAAUCGAACUUUCUCCUGACAUUCUAACUUAUUCUGCCUUCCUGAGGGAGGUUACCUCAUUACUGCUUUUGUUGUUGAUGUUGCAUUCUUAAACUCCCCGUUGUCUUCCAAAGGAUGUGUCUGUGACCUCAAAUGAACAGAGUCUGCUGUCAGGAACAUUACAGAUUCCUACUGAAUUGAGAGGUGUGGUGUCUUUCUGUUCACUUUGAUCUAUAAACUUGAGUGAAACCAUGGCAAUCAAGCAAUCCCACAGAGCACAUCCAUCAUGCGGACCACAUCAGAAGAAUGUUCUCUUCGGGCUUCAGGAUGCAAUAUCAAUCUUGAUUGUGUUUGUCAAACUUAAUGUGAUACAGAUAUUUUCUGCUGAAGGUACCACAAAAGUGCUUUAUGCUUCCUCUGGGAAAGAGACUCCAGCAACCUUGGGGUUUAUAAUUUAUAUGAGGACUAAAAUAAAACAGUAUUACUCUCCAUCUUUACAAUUUUUUUUACAGAUGACUGACUAUAUCUCUAUUUUUUAGAAAAAAAAGAGAGGAAAACACACACAAACUGAGGAUUUCUUUUUAAAGUGCAAUGGUACUGGCUACCAAGAACAUUAAAUGUUGUGUUAAAAUGACCUCCUCAAUAACUGUCUACACUAAAUGCAACUGGACUGUUUUCUUCAGGAAACAUGACUUAGUCAGAUAUUUGCAUAUGUGGAAAAGGUUUCUGAACCAAUGUCCUUAAUUUACUAGCAAGAAGAAAUCAUAACAGAACAUGGUUAUUUAUAAUAAAAAUACAGACAUCACAUAUUCUCUUUUUUCAAGGAGACAAUAUGUUGCUUUGUCUCUGUGUAGAAUGAACCUCUAAUAUAUAAAUAAUUUUCUAUUUUGUUCCUUUCAUAAAGACUGCACUUGAUACAAAGGGAAAUAAAAGGGUACUUAAUAUUG